UCCAAGCUGAUACUCUCUCCUUUCUCUUCUCAUACUUGGAACAGAGAAGGUGCGGAGGAGCCUUAUAAUGCCCCCGCCACUGUCCUACCAUGCUUGGCAGCUCGGAUUCUAAUCUUGCAGGAACGAGGUCGUCUCGCUUUCUCUCUCUCCAAACACUAAUGCAUGCCGAGUAAUCUGGGUUGCUUCCGCAUUCAAUUUUCUAGUUGGGCUUGAAGAUCUUAGUGUGCCUGGUUCUGUUGGAUUCAUCUUGUAUUAAUGGUGAAAAGGGCUAAAAAGAAGAUACGAAGCACUCAGAAGGAGAGGAGAGUUUCCUCUGCUUCUUCCAAAACCAUUCCCACGGACUUGAAUCCAACGGAUGAGAUUGGAGGUGCUGGAGUUGUAGUCAAUGAGAGAAAAGCAUGUACCCAUCUCAGUAAGGGUAUUGAUUUGGAUAGAUUCUCUUCAAAAAUUGGUUCAGUCCAAUCUGCUAGGUGCGAAGAUUGUAGGGAAGAUGCGGUUGAUCGGAGGUCAGCUAAGGGAAGGAGUAAAGCUGGGAAGAAGAAAGGAACAGGUCAUUUGGAUGCAAAGUCGGAUUUAAGAUCCAUUUGGAUCUGCUUGGAAUGUGCGCAUUUUGCUUGUGGAGGGAUUGGAUUGCCGACAAUUCCCCAAAGCCAUGCUGCUAGGCAUGCCAGACAAUGUCGUCACCCUUGUGUGAUUCAAUUUGACAACCCUCAACUCCGCUGGUGCUUCCCUUGUAAUUCACUAAUUCCAGUAGAAAAGUCAGAAGACAAUGGUGAGCAGAAAGAUAUCUUAUUGGAUGUAGUGAAAUUGAUCAAGGGGCAAUCAUCAGUGGGAGCUUCAGUUGAUGUUGAAGAUGUUUGGUUUGGUGGUGGAAAUGCUGGGAACAAAUCGGUGUUAGACAACAUUGGAUCAGGAAUUCUAGACACUGGUUAUAGAGUAAAGGGCUUGGUUAACCUUGGGAAUACUUGCUUCUUCAAUUCAGUGAUGCAGAACCUUUUUGCCAUUGAUAUGUUGCGGGACUAUUUCAUGAAGUUGGACUGGUCUUUUGGGCCUUUGACUGCAGCUUUAAAGAAGCUUUUCAGUGAAAUAUGUCUGGAAGUGGAUUCAGGGAGUGUGAUAAACCCAAAAUCCUUCUUUGGGUGCAUCUGUGCCAAAGCCCCCCAAUUUAGGGGAUACCAGCAACAGGACAGCCAUGAAUUUCUCAGGUGCUUGUUUGAUGGGUUGUGCACUGAGGAGUUGGAGGCUAGAAGAUUACGGAAUUCUUCUGGGGAAGAGGGAGCCACUUCAAAUCAUAGUCCCACUUUUGUAGAUGCAAUUUUUGGGGGACAACUCUCAAGUACUGUUUGCUGUGUGGAGUGUGGGCACUCCUCCAUUGUUUAUGAGCCCUUUUUGGAUCUCUCACUGCCGGUGCCAACUAAAAAAUCUCCACCUAAGAAGGCUUUAACAGUCUCACGACCUAGGAAACCAAAAUUGCCUCCUAAGAAAGGUGGGAGAAAUCUAUUAAAGGAGGGUACUACUUUCUCCCCAAAACGUGAGCCUGAUCCUGGUCCAUCAGAAAGCAAUAAGUCUUCUUCUCUUGAUCCAUCUGUUGUGCCCGUUGCCGAACAAUCAAUGGCUUCAGUGGAUGAUUCUUCUUGGUUGGAUUUCAUUGAAACAGAUAAUGCAUCGGAGUUUCUUGUUUCAGUUCCACAGAAUCAGGACAUCUCAGGUGCUCAAGAUUCUGGUGACAAGCAGGUCUUUAAGGAUGUUGCAGAGGAGAGAGCCAAGCCAUCAGAUGAUGUUUCAUGGUUGGGUUAUGUACAACCAGGUGAACUGGCUGCUGAGUGCCAUUCAGUUUCACAAAACUAUGAUACUUCAGCUGUUCAAGAUUCUGAAUACGGGCAAGUUAUCCAGAAUGGCAUGUUACGGGGUGGCUCUGACUUGCUCAGCCAGGGUUAUUAUCCUAACGCAGAACCAAAGUUGGACUUAUAUUCUUCUCAAAGUAAUUCUUGUGAGGAUGAGCUCCCUUUACAGGUUCAAAGUUCAGAAGUUGUGUUGCUUCCCUUUAAAGAGGAAAACUCAAGCACUGAAGAGAUUGUGAGAAAAGAAGGUGAGGCCUCUACGUCUCUUGCAGGCUGUGAACCAGACGGUUUAGACUUUGAUGGCUUUGGGGAGUUAUUUAAUGAGCCUGAGAUUGUUCCUGAUCCCAAUACAGAGUCCUGGUCAGGUGACAUGAGCUUCCAGUUCCAAGCAACUGAAGCGACGGAAACAAGUUUUGUAGCUGGAAACAGCAGUGACUCCUGUCCUGAUGAAGUUGAUAAUACAGAUGCACCAGUCUCUGUUGAUAGUUGUUUGGCAUAUUUUACGAAGCCUGAACUUCUCCCUGACAAACAUGCUUGGCAUUGUGAAAAUUGUUCCAAGAUUUUGCGUGGCCAAGGGAUGGGAGGUAAGGGAGGUCUGCAGAAAACCACACCAAGGACUAGUAUGAAUGGAGUUGAGGUAAGAAGUGGAGUUGAGGUAAGAAGCGGCAAUGCCCCAUUGGGUUUCAACAAGGAUUCUGUGGAUCUUGCUGAAUGCAGUCAUUUGGACAAUGGGAAGCUUGAAAGUGAUACUGUUUCCACAACUACCGCUGAAAGCUUGCCUCUGAAUAAUAAGAGACUUGAUGAUUCAAACCAAAAUUGUACCAAGCUUGAAAACAGUCAAACGGGUGAGGAGGCAGAUUCAGAGUUUGUAAACCCCAUUUCCAAUUGUCUAGCAUGCUUGAAAAUUUGUCAAGGGGACAAAGUACUUGGUUUGUCGAAUAAUACUAUUGAGGGGCAAACACCAACUUUGGAUCACCAUGAUUCUAGUAAUCAAACAAGUGAGUUGUGUAUUCUUGAUAACUGUAUACAAUGUGAAACUGUUCAAGCACAGCCUAAGGUUUCUCAGCCUUUGGCUGUAGUACGUGACUCAGAUGAGAAUGAAGAUAAGGAAAUGGACUCAAAAAGUGUGAAGGCAAUGAGAGAUGCAACUAAGAGGAUUCUCAUCAAUAGGGUCCCACCCAUCCUGACCAUUCAUCUUAAGAGAUUCAGUCAAGAUUCCCGUGGCCGCUUAAGCAAAUUGAGUGGUGAUGUUAGUUUCAAAGAAACAAUUGAUCUUCGGCCAUAUAUGGACCCCAGGUGUGGAGAAGAGAGAUAUAAAUGUGAAUACCACCUAGUUGGUGUGGUGGUGCAUUCUGGGACCAUGCGAGGUGGGCAUUAUAUUGCAUACGUGAGAGGCAAUAAAAGUCGAGGGAGAACUGAAAAGUUCAGUGGUGAAUCCACAUGGUACUAUAUCAGCGAUUCCCAUGUCCGUGAGGUUUCUCUUGCAGAGGUUCUGCGGUGUGAAGCAUACAUAUUAUUUUAUGAAAAAAAUUGAAGAUCCUUUUCUUUUUCCUUCAUAUCCAUGUUUGGCAAUAUUGAGCCUGGAUGCAGCUAAGCACCUCCAACAAAAGUGAAAAGGAGAGUAAAAGAAGGGCUUGAGAAGCAGAGGUGAGUGUAACAACAGUUUUGGAUGCCGAGGAUGAUUCAUGAACAGUUUUAUUUGCCGAACAUUGUACAAGGGAGAGUUAUAUUUCAUUUGUUACAGAAGGUAUACUUUGAGUGAGUAUAUACAGAGUGAAAUAAAUUGAAGGGGAAAAGUUUAUUGUAUUUCAUAUGGGUUAGGAAGAUGCCCAUUUUUUUAUAUUCAUGAGCAAUGAUUCUUCUUUCAAAUUGAUGCCUGCAGCAGUGCAUUUAAUGGUCCCCAAUAUCCCAAAGGAACUCAUUCUAUGUAUUUUAUUGCAACUGAGAUUUAAUAACUAGGUUUUCUUCUCCA